AUGGCCUCUACCCAGGGCCUCAGGCUGCUUGCCGCAGUAAUAUUGACUGCGUGGCAAGUGUCUGCUUCACCGGCAAUCAAUGUUCGCAUGGAGGCAACCUUUACUGGCGGGCCCUAUCUACUUGAACUACUCGAAACUGCGACGGCUGAGAACUCGUCGGCCUACUUUCCUCUUCUCGAUCGAAUCGCAGAGGGACGAUUCUCUGAACUGUCCACCGAUGCCGAUCUCUAUGGCGAAUUCAUCAGCGUUGUCCGCGAGGAUGGUCAUAUUAGCAGCCCAGAAGCGCUGUCUACCUUUAACCUCGGCCUCUCUUUGCGCUCUUCCACCCCUAGAGUUGAGGCACACUAUCAAUACUAUGAUACAGCUGUCGCGUUAGCCGACAUAGAUCCAUCAUGCGACUCGUGGAUUCUCUUGGAUGGAAAUCAAUACUGCACUCCAGAUUUGCAAAAAGCCGCGAGGACUGGGCUGUUCGACUCGAAGAUCUCUAUUCUGCCCUUUGACCGUUCCGUAGGUUCUGGUGCAGAUGCAGUGUUGUAUGCGGACCCUGCGUCCCCCAACUUCGGAAAAUUUCAUAGGCGUCUUGAGAGAGCUGCCAGAGCAGGCGAACUCAGUUAUCGUGUACGAUACCGUCGCCCAAUAAAUUCAGACCACAAGCCGCUGCCGGUCAGCGGUUUUGGAGUCGAACUGGCUCUCAAAAGAACUGAUUACAUCGUUAUUGACGAUAGAGUGUCGCAAAACGACGGCACACAGAAGCCGUUGAACACGGAAGCUAUGUUUGAGGACCAGGAGUUGACGGAUAUUCGCCCGCUUUCGACUUCGGAGCUAGAAGCCCUCGGCGUGAAGUCAUCGUCUUUUAUACAGAGUAGCAAUGCCCCCUUUGAGACUCUUGUCAAACUCAUGCAAGACUUUCCGAAAUUUUCUGCAUCAGUCUCUGCACACAACGUGUCGACAAGCUUCUCUGAAGAAUAUGAACGAGGCCACAUUCAGCGUGUGCCAAGAGGGGUUAACGCGUUGUGGAUGAAUGGUUUGCAAUUGAUAGAGCGGCAAAUUGAACCAUUCGCCCUCGUCGAAAUGCUUCGUCGGGAGCGGAAAUUCAUCGAUGUCCUUCGCAAACUGGGAUUGAGCGGAGCUGAAGCUAUAUCACUUCUCGGACACGACAAAGUUGCAGAAUCCAAGUCGGAUGCAGGGGAUGCCAUACGAUACGAUUGGACUGACAGAUCAGAGGAGGGCAAUGCAAUCGCUUGGCUAAAUGAUCUAGAGAGUGACGCCCGCUAUGCCCAAUAUCCGGACGAAUUGAGCUCCCUGCUUCAACGCACAUUUCCGGGACAGAUCCCCCCAAUUGCCAGGGAUGUUUUCAAUGUCGUUUUUGCGCUUGACCUUUCGGACCGGGACGAUCUGGCUCUGCUAGGCCAGAUGCUGGCACUCGUCGGCCGUGGCAUUCCCAUUCGCUUUGGCAUCGUGCCUGCUACCUCCACCCCGGAAGCGUUGCAACACGCAAAACUUCUGUAUCAUUUGAUGGGUACAUAUGGAUUCGACUCGCUUCAAAAUUACAUAGAGGGCCUUGGAGAGGAGCCUGACCCAGCCUUGGCCUCAACGAGCUUUUCUCGAGUUGUUGACGAUCCAAUGCUAGCCGCCGGUACCGAAUCACGGGGAUUUCUUGAUGUUAUUGAGACCGAAGAGCUCGAUACACAAGCGGAAAUGGCCGCCCAAUGGAUUACUAGACUCAAGGCGAUGGACAAAUCAGCGCCAAUUUUCUUUGUCAAUGGAGCUUCAACGCCGCGUACCGCAAACUGGUUACAAAGCAUGAGCAUGCAAGUCUCGGAAGAUCUUCAAACGAUUCAAAAAGGUGUCUACCAUGGUGUGAUCGGUGACGAUAUGUGGGUUCCUGAAAUAUUCCUGGAGGGUGCCCUGAACCGUCGAAAUGAGUAUAUAUCUGUCGAUGAUGCUCAUCCUCUCCGAAUCCUAGACGCCAGCAAGCUAUACGGAGACCACAAAGACAUGUUUGACAUCAUUCCGGUGCAAAAAAACGACCCUAAAGCGGAACGGGAGGCAUGGGCUGCGGUAGCAGUCAUCGCUGAUGCGACGACUUCACAUGGCGCCAAGCUUAUUAAGUCGGCACUGGAGUUUAGGCGGAGCAACUCCGGUGUCCAACUCGAGCUCAUUCACAACCCGACUACCACAGACGGGGCUUCCGAUGUCAAUGAAGCUCUUAAGGAUGCCUCUGAUCUGUUCAGUCUACGCACGGUUGAUGAGAUUGAGAAAAUAGUGCGUGAAACGAAAGCGGGCUCUUCGACCAAUGCCUAUGACAUUGCGCUCAAGCGAUUCCUCUUAUACGCAAACGUUCAGCCAGGCAACAGCGGCGUACUCGUGAACGGACGUCUGGUCGGGCCCAUUGCCCCGGACGACGACCUUUUGCCUGCUGACUUCACUCAGCUUUUGGGACUUGAGCGAAAGCACCGCAUUCUUCCCAUCUUUGAAGCUCUGGACGAUCUCGGCCUAGGCAACAAGAUUUCAGAUCCCAUUUCAGCCUCCAAAUUGAUGUCCAUUACCGCUUUAUCAACCAUUUCUGACUUGCCAGAAGGUAUCUUUGAAACAUCUUCAUCUACCCGAUCGAUGAUCUACAAAAAAUGGGAUGCAAAGCACACAACAAUCGAAGUCGGCGACGAGGCAACCGCCAGUAUUCAUCUUGUUGCCCUGCUUAACCCUUUGAGCGAGCAAGCCCAGAGAUGGGCACCUCUUCUGAAAAUUUUAUCCGAGCUUGAUGGCGUGUAUUUAAAACUUUUCCUAAACCCUAAGGAAAAACUGGAAGAGCUCCCCAUCAAGCGGUUCUUCCGUUACGUCUUGGAACCAAAGCCGUCGUUCGAUGAAGAUGGUGCUAUUCAAGGUGGGCAAGCUACCUUCAAUGGACUUCCAUCUGAAGCUCUUCUUACUCUCGGGAUGAUUGUGCCCCCUGCCUGGCUAGUGGCCGCUAAAGAGUCUAUACAUGACCUGGACAAUAUCAAACUCUCUUCUGUUAAUUCCAACGUCGACGCCACGUAUGAGCUAGAACAUAUUCUCAUACAGGGCCACUCAAGAGAAGGGAAGUCAAGUCCCCCUCGCGGCGCCCAGCUUGUCUUGGGUACCGAGAAGGAGCCACACUUGACGGAUACAAUUGUCAUGGCAAACCUCGGGUUCUUUCAGUUCCAAGCCAACCCUGGUAUCUAUGCCAUCCAGUUGAAAGAGGGCCGAAGCGCAGACAUUUUUGAAAUUGAGAGCGUAGGCGCACAGGGCUGGACAGCUGUCCCUGGUGACGAGGGAACGUCUCUGGCUUUACUUGACUUCCAAGGAACAACCCUCUAUCCACGCCUUUCCCGCAAGCCAGGCAUGGAAGAAGUCGAUGUGCUCGAGGAAGGCGGCGGAGCAGCUGACGGCUUCGUCUCCAAAGGCUUCAAGCUGGCUGAGGGCUUCUUGGGCAACGCUUUGGGCAAAAAGUCCGCGUCUGACCUAGAGCACGCCGAAAUCAACAUUUUCUCUGUCGCGAGUGGUCACUUGUACGAGCGAAUGCUCAACAUAAUGAUGGUCUCGGUCAUGCGCCACACAAAACACACAGUCAAGUUCUGGUUCAUCGAGCAAUUCUUAUCGCCAUCUUUCAAAGAAUUCAUUCCUCAUCUGGCGGAGGAGUAUGGCUUCAAAUAUGAAAUGGUGACAUACAAAUGGCCACACUGGCUUCGACACCAAAAAGAGAAACAGAGAGAAAUCUGGGGCUACAAGAUUCUGUUUCUGGAUGUUCUUUUCCCCCUCUCUGUUGACAAGGUGAUUUUCGUUGACGCAGAUCAAAUUGUGCGGACAGACAUGAUGGACCUGGUCAAACUUGAUCUUGAUGGGGCCCCUUAUGGAUUUACUCCGAUGUGCGAUUCUCGGACUGAAAUGGAAGGGUUUCGCUUCUGGAAGCAGGGGUACUGGGCAAACUACCUCCGUGGACGUCCUUACCACAUUUCUGCCCUGUAUGUGGUUGAUUUGCGCCGCUUCCGCGAGAUUGCCGCUGGAGAUCGCCUUCGACAGCAGUAUCAAGCCCUCUCCGCCGACCCGAACAGCCUGGCAAACCUGGAUCAAGAUUUACCCAACCACAUGCAGUUCCAGCUCCCUAUUCACAGCCUGCCGCAGGAGUGGCUGUGGUGCGAGACAUGGUGCAGCGACGAGAGCCAGAGCAAGGCACGGACCAUUGACCUUUGCAACAACCCCGAGACCAAGGAGCCCAAGCUCGAUCGCGCCCGCCGGCAAGUCCCCGAAUGGACCGAGUACGAUGACGAGAUUGUGGCAUUGGCCAAACGCGUCAAGGCAGCGAAGAACCCCAGCGAGAGCGAACACCAGGCAGAGCCUGAAAGGAACACCAAGAGCAGAAACUUCGAGGAGGAGCCUGUUCGUACUAAAGAUGAACUAUAA